AUGCUGAACUACAUCUGCCAUGAUGCUAUGGACAUAGUUUUGAAUGUUUCUCAACAUGCAAUUGGUAUCCUUGGGAAUUAUAGUGCUGACAACCACAUUGCUCCUAAGAUAAUCUACAUAUGCACAGAAUGCUUUUUUCAAUUAAAGAGAAAGAACAAUUUCUUUGCUCAUUGCCAAUCAAAUCUUAAAACUCAUGAAGAAACAAAGAAGACCACUACAAAUAACCAAACCUAA